GAGGAGCGGUGCAAAUUAUGAUUCUGCAUCUCUGGGAUUUGCUGCACCAGCUGGAGCUUCAUUUCAACUGUCCCAUUUAGAAAUCAGUGAAUGUGGACUCCUUGGCUUAAACAUGGCAGGGGACAUUGUAGUGGGAAUGUUGUAUAACAUUGCAUUACCACUAACUUUACUAACAGCAAUAGCUUUUCGAUACAAUGGGCUUUCCAUGGUGUAUCUGCUGUUUCUGUUGCUUGUACCUCUUCUACCAAGCCCAUCUCUGUCCUCCAUGAAGGGAAAGACAGGCCAGUUUCUUCUGAGUGUUUGCGCCACAGCUGUAACAUUUCUGGGUUUACAGUGUGGGAUACAGAUCACCUUCGCAUAUAUUCCUAAAGAAAUGAGUGGGCCAAUGGACAAUGUUCUCUAUCAUCUUGGAAUUGUCAGAUUCAGUGAUGUGGAUGCUGCCAACAUAAUUCGCCACAUAGUGCCAGAUUUUGGUUUGUUCUUGUCAUCGUUAUUUAUCCGGAAUUUGUGUAACAAGCUUCUGAAACCACCUACUAAUGACCAAGAACAAAACAUUCAACAAUCUGAAACUGAGGAAACAUCUGAAACAUCUGAAUCAGAGUAUGAGGAGGAGAGUGAAGCAUCAUCCACAGACAGUUCUGAGGAGAUUAAAGCAACCCCAGCAGAGCCUCCUCAGUUUGUGCAGAAACUAAUUGUCUUUGCAGCAGGUCUAAGACUACUGCUCUCCACUAUGAUGAACACUGCUGGAAAAGCGGUAGUGACCAUUCUGCUGGGGCUUUCAGGUAUAGCGCUGCCUUCCUUGACAUCAGCACUGUAUUUUGGGUCUUUCCUGAGCCUUGUAUGGUGUUGGAUACUGGGCUUCUCUAUCGAUGUGCUCCAUUUCAGCACAUUGUGUAUACUGAUGACUAUAUUUAGUGCUGGACACAUCCUGAUUCUCUACCUCUAUCAGCUACCUCUGUUUCAGCAACUCAUACCUCCUGAGGACAUUUAUCCAAGGCUUUUUGGCAUGACUGCGUUCAUCCACACAAAUUCAUCAGAGCCAUAUAGUCUGGGUCUGCAUCCAGAUAUGAGCUGGCCUAUGAUAAUAAACCCUCUAUUACUGCUAGUGCUCUACUACACACUGGUGGCUCUUCUUCAAAAUUGGGCUCUCCAAACUACUGAGGAUGUUGAAUGGGAGAUCGGAAGUCCUUCCAAAGGAUCAAACAUCUCCCCUACUUUCUCAAAAAUAGCGGAUGGUGACUACAUUUCACCGGAAAUAAGUGAGCAUAUUUUGAUGCUAAACAAUAGCUGGCAGAACAAUAAUCCUUCGGGGCUGGACCCUCUGCUGUCAGAUGGCGACUACUUACAUUGUCUUUCCCUACCAUUGUACAUCCAGCAUGAUUGUGCUUAUGAUGCUGCAGAUGAACACGAACCGAGCUGUGAUAAUCAAGAUGAACUAAAUGAAGUACUGACUGAAGUACUAACUGAAGCACUCACUGAGGAACCUUUCUCUUCUCCUAAAACAAGUUUAUUUGCUCUGCUUGGCCAGUCCUUUAUGAAACAGAGCUACGUUAUUGCUCUAAUCAUAAUGAUGGUAUGGAGCAUCACUUAUAAUUCCUGGCUUACAUUUGCCUUGUUGGUGUGGUCCUGUGUUAUCUGGAUGUCAAGGCGUCGGCGGGAGUACACCAUGAUCAGUGCUCCAUUUCUUGCGGUUUAUUGCACGCUGCUGUUGGUGGCUGCCUUUAUUAGUGCUUUCCGUCUCCAUCAUAGUGAACUGUUCCCUGCUCUUCCAAAAGCAGUUCUGGAUGAUUUUGAUCUCUAUUCUUACCACACACCCUGUCUUCACUUGGGAGCAAAGAUGAUUUAUGCAUUUAGUUUCUGGAUGUUGCUACGACAACAGUUAAUUGAGAAACAAGAAGAGCAACAGAAAAAAGAAGAGAAUCAUGAUGUCAAAAGUACAAGCAUAGCUGAUAAAACCGAAUCAUCCAGCAUGAUGGAUAGAAUGGGUGAUUUUUUUAAAGGCAUUCUGGUUAAGUAUUGGAUUGUUUGCUGCUGCUCCAUGUUUUUUGUCAUCAGUUUUUCUGGAAAAGUGGUUGUCUACAAAAUCCUCUACAUCUGUUUGUUCCUCUUCUGUAUGGUUCUGUACCAGGUCCGGUAUGACAUAUGGCGACAUGUCCUGAAGUAUUUCUGGGCUGUGGUGGUUGGUUAUUCUAUGCUGGUCUUGAUUCUAAUUUACAUGUACCAGUUCAAGACGGUGUCAGGACUGUUUCGUCAAAUCAUAGGCAUGUCGGAAGAGGGUCUGCGUGAUCUGGGCCUGGAGCAAUUUGACACUGUAGAGUUAUUUGCACAGAUUUUACUUCCUGCAGCCUUCCUACUGGCCUGCAUCCUUCAACUGCACUAUUUUAACUCAGACUUUCUUACUCUCACUGACCUACAAAAUGUACCUGUGUGUGAUGUUACAUUCAAAGAAGAAGAACUGAAAGAGACACUGAACAGGAUAUCAGACAUGGUAAAAGAAAACAUUGAAAAAAUCCAAAACCGGCUAAAAAAGGAGCAGAUGAAUGUUGAAGGAGAUGAUCUGCUGGGCAGCUUAGAAUUGAAUUCCCCUUCAUGUAAGGAUGAAGAAGAAGAAAUUGAAUCAACAGAAAACAAAUGGUUUUUAGUGGUGGAUCGGGUAAGCUACUUCACACUAAAUGCUCUGGCGUGGAUGACUAAGGGUCAAGAGUUUUGCUGGAGAUUGCUGGAGCUUCAUAGCCUCAAACUUGUUGCUGCAGGCAUCAUCUGGGUUAGCCUUAAAGAGGUGUCCCUGAUGAAUUUUCUGUUCCUGGCGUUAUGGACAUUUGCUGUCCCAUAUCCAAGACUGCGGCCAGUUGCCUCUACUGUGUCAUCUGUCUGGGCCUGCGUGAUGGUUGUGUGUAAAAUGAUGUAUCAGUUAAAAUUAAUCAAACCAGCAGAGUUUUCUGUUAACUGCACCACUAAUUUGCUGAUUUCUAACCAGAGCUGGUACAGUGGGGAUGUGGCACAGCUUUUGCAGAAGUCUGUUUUGUAUAUUGAACCUGUGGAUCCAUCUCUAUGGAUUGGCAGUCUGAAAAAAUGUGGAAAUGCUAUUCUGCCUUGCUUACAGAACCAUUUAUUUAUAUUGGGCCUCCUUGUGUUUGACGUGACUGUCCAUCGGCACCAGCUCUACCACUGUCUCCAUUUCAACCUGAAACCUUCUCCCAAAGGCACCAUUUUCAACAAUGUAACAUGGCAACACCUGGAUCAUGGCAUCCCGCCCUGCUUCAGAUACUUCUGCAAUUAUUUCUUCUACAAGUUUGGCCUUGAGAUAUCAUUUGUUGUGGCAGUGAAUGUAAUUGGCCAGCGGAUGGAUUUCUUUGCUCUUCUGCACUCAUUUGCACUGAUCACAAUUCUGGGACGUCGCCGCAGGAAAGCUAUUGGUGAAGUGUGGCCCAGAUAUUGUUGCUUUAUUGCGAGCUUAAUGGCGUUCCAGUAUUUGCUGUGUAUCGGGGUGCCUCCUGCACUCUGUACUGAUUAUCCUUGGAGGACAGGCUCUAAUGCUCUUAGCUCUAAUCAAAUAAAGUGGCUGUAUUUGCCAGAUUUUGCUAUGCAGCCUAACCCCACUUUCAUAUUUUAUGACUUCUUACUGUUGAUGGUAGCCUCUCUGCAGUGGCAGGUGUUUGAAGAAGAGAAUAAGGCCUCUGUUAGACUUGUGGCAGGGGAAAAUGUGGAGAUUAGUAGAAACCUAGACUCUCGCUCUCUUAACCAGUAUACAGCAGUUGGCAAUUUUCUGCACUGCCGGUCAUAUCUUGACAUGGCAAAAGUCUUUGUAUUCAGCUACUUUUUCUGGUUGGUUUUAUGCCUGGUUUUCAUCACUGGGACCACACGUAUCAACAUAUUCUGCUUGGGCUAUCUGGUGGCCUGCUUCUAUUUUAUGCUUUUCGGAGACACAGUGCUGCUACAGCCGGUACGCUACAUACUCAGGCUGUGGGACUGCCUUAUUGCCUACACCUCUGUGGUGAUUUGCCUAAAGAACUUUAUCUCUCUGGGAUCCUGUGCUUACCUUGACAGUCUUUUAAAGAAAGCCUGUUGGCUUAUUCAGGCAUUCAGUAUGUUCUGUACUAUCAAAGGCUAUGAUGUGCCUAAACCCAGUGAUGACUGCGAGUUGCCAGUAGGAGAGGCCGGUAUUGUGUGGGAUGCAGUUUGCUUUACUGUGCUACUGGCUCAAAGGAGAAUAUUUCUCAGUUACUACUUCUUGUAUGUUGUUUCUGACCUUAAAGCCUCUAAGAUCCUUGCCUCCAGAGGUGCAGAACUAUUUGAAGCUAAGGUAAAGAAACGUGUGGCAGCUAGACUGGAAAUGGAGAAGAAAUCUGUGGAACUGCUUAAAAAACAGAUGGAGAAAAUUAAAUCAAAACAAAAGAAUAAACCAGAACAGGCUGACACAACAAUGGACACAAAAGAGCCUGGACAAAAAAGUGAUGCAGAGCGAAAAGAGGAAAGUGAUCAGUUGGAAUGGUGGAAACCAUGGACCUCUCGCCCGUCUGUCUGGGACUCCUGUGGGUAUCGCCUGUUUGAAAGUGACAGUGAAGAAGAGGAGGGUGAAGUAGAUACCAAGACUGAGGAAGAACCUGUGCCAAAGAAGAAAUCUGCCCUUCAGUUGGCUUAUGAAGCUUGGGUAGCAGGGUCCAAGGCUGCUCUCAAGUCCCAUAAGAUGGAUGAAGUUCAAUUACAGAGAGAAGAGAAGAGAGCAAAGGGGGAGCUAUGUGAAGAACAGAGUGCAGACAGCUUUGAGUCAAGUAAGGAUGAGUUGGACGAGUCCUGUCCUGAGCCUGAGAAGGAAGAGAAAGCUAAAAUAUCAGAGCGGAUUAUUGACUGCCUAAAAUUUAGCUUGGUCUUCUUCCGGUCUCUUAUUGAUGAUAUAACAGAAGGUUUGAACUCAUUCUGUAAGGACAAUCUUGACAUCUCGAAGGUGCUGCGUUUUGAAAGAGCACUGCUGAGCAAGCAACAAAACAAGGGCAGAGAUGUGUCCCAUGAAAGCAUUCAUAAAUUUUACCAGAACUGUCUGUCCAGACAAAGUACACAGACACUGUUGGAUGAGGAGAUCAUUUUACCUGCCACCUCACCACCACCACUGCCUAUCACUCCUCAUGGCUAUGCCCAACUAAGAAGUGCCAACUCUAAACUCUCGUGGAACAGCAGUCUUUCCAGCUGUCAGACUGAUGAGACCAUGCUAAUGUCACGCCAGCCGACUCUUAACGAUGAAAUUGAUGAAGCCCCAUGUUUAGUGUCACCAAAAACUGAGGAUUUGGGACUAACCACCGAACAGCGACGACAGAAACUCUGCAAAUCAGCCAACAUAGAUAUAGUCUCAUUUGAUAUUCUAGGUCAUGAAGAACCAUCAGUUAUAAGGGAAGAGGAUAAAGAAGCAGAAGAUGAAAUAAACAUUGAAUGGGAAGAUGGAGAAGUAGACAAGGAGGAAAAACCAGAAGAAAAUCAAGAAAAUGAUCAGUUUCAAAAGACAUAUGAAUUUUUAAAAUCAGCAUCCCAGGAGUCAGAAGUCAUGGAGGUGAAGAGCGAGAGUAAUUCAGAACCUCGGCCACUUACUGAGGAGACCAGAGCCCUCACUGCCAGUGAAUUACUACUGAACAAUAUGUUUCAGAUCCCAGAAAUUGAUGAGGCGGAUAAGUUCUUCCAUUCAUUACCACGACUCCUGAAGCUCAUCUUUGCCCUCUAUAAUACCAUGGUUUCCCAGUCAGAGAUGCUCUGCUACUUCGUCAUUAUUCUAAACCACAUGGUGUCUGCCUCGCUGCUUUCACUCUUUCUCCCCAUUCUCAUAUUCCUCUGGGCUAUGCUUUCGGUUCCUCGGCCCACUAAGCGAUUCUGGAUGACUGCCAUCAUCUAUACCGAGCUUACAGUGGUAGUGAAGUACUUCUUCCAGUUUGGCUUCUUUCCGUGGACUACCUCUGCAUAUCGAGGCAUUAAUGCUGACCGGCCAUUUGCUCUGCCAAACAUAAUCGGAGUGGAAAAGAAAGACGGAUAUGUUCUGUUUGAUCUUAUUCAGCUUCUUGCUCUUUUCUUCCAUCGUUCCAUCCUUAAGUGUCAUGGCCUUUGGGACAACAAAGAGGUGGAGAUGCCUGACUUCCUUAAAAAACUGAAAAAGAAGGCAGAAAAAAACAGGCAAAGUGGAGGAGCAAGAGGAGAAGAAGGAAAUACCAAAACAUUACUUGGGAUCUUUUCUCUUCAGUCCUCCACUGCCAAGUUCUUUUUCAGACACAACAGAAAAGACUCUGAAGACCAUGGGACGCAGUUGAAGGAAAAUCACCCAAGGAAGAAGAAACGCCAUUCCAAAGCGCCUUUAUCCAGAAAAGAGCAGAUCAGAAAGCUGGUCAGAGAGAGAAUGCUGGAAGCUAAGGCUGCUAUCAUAGAAGUUGCACUACAUGUGUAUUUACCCAUCAGGCAGUUUUUCUAUGACAUCAUCCAUCCUGAGUACAGCCCUGUUUGUGAUGUAUAUGCUCUGAUGUUCCUGAUUGAAGUUGUAAACUUUAUAAUCAUUAUCUUCGGCUAUUGGGCUUUUGGGAAACAUUCAGCAGCAGCUGACAUCACUGAAUCCUUGUCAGAAGACCAAGUACCUGAGGCCUUCCUUGUCAUGCUUCUCAUCCAGUUUGCCACCAUGGUCGUUGACCGCGCUGUCUAUCUGAGGAAAACCUUGCUAGGCAAGUGUGUGUUCCAGGUAGUUUUAGUUUUUGGAAUACACUUCUGGAUGUUCUUCAUACUGCCUGGGGUCACUGAGAGGAGGUUCAACAGGAACCAUGUUGCACAGCUGUGGUACUUUGUGAAAUGUAUCUACUUCGGCUUGUCAGCAUACCAGAUAAAAUGUGGCUAUCCGAAUCGAGUCCUGGGCAAUUUCCUCACUAAGAACUACAACUACAUCAAUCUCUUUCUCUUUCAGGGCUUCAGAAUGGUUCCUUUUUUGACCGAACUGCGGGCUGUGAUGGACUGGGUAUGGACAGACACCACUCUCAGCUUGUCUAGCUGGAUUUGUGUGGAGGACAUUUAUGCCAACAUAUUCAUCCUGAAGUGCUGGCGGGAGUCUGAGAAGAAAUAUCCUCACACUCCUGGACAGAAAAAAAACAAAGUGGUCAAAUAUGGCAUGGGUGGUGUGAUUAUAUUUUCCCUUAUCUGCAUUGUCUGGUUUCCUCUUCUCUUCAUGUCACUGGUCAAAUCAGUGGCUGGAGUAACCAAUCAACCUUUAGAUGUUUCCAUCCAACUUAGCAUAUCAGGAUAUGAGCCUUUGUUUACAAUGAGUGCCCAAGAACAGAAUCUAGUGCCUUUUUCUGAAGCUACAUACCAAAAGAUGACAAAUGUUUAUGCGACUUACCCGUCUGCAAUGCAGUUUAUAGUAAACUACAUGGCAGAGGAUAUAGUAACAGCAAAGAUUAAAAGUGAUGCCAGUUUGCUGUGGAGUAUCAGUCCAGCUAGCCAUGAAGCCAUGAUUCGUGAGCUCAGCAAUUCUUCACACAUUUACAUUACCAUGCAAUGGACCUUACUGAGAAAUGCAUCGCUUUCGAUGAAUGCAGAGACGAUAGGUGAACAUACUGUGAAGUAUAAGGACAAAGUCCUGCAAGAUAACCUUGUGCAAAUGCUUAAUGGAACACGCACCCAACCUGUGAUCAUUGAAAACCUGAUGCCUAAAUAUAUCAGAGGACCAUCAGGACCAGAAGCGAAAAUGGCCCACAGACUUAUUGUUGAACAUUCUGAUCGCUCAGAUGACCAUCAUUUGGUCUUCUUCCGUCCCCUGUCCAUCAAACUGAAGCAAGCCAAUAGUAGCACAGAGGGAAGUGGGCCUUACUGGUGGGUGGUAGAGGAGUGCAGUCCAAAACAUCCAAUAUCCAGAUGCCAGAACAUUGAAAUUGUGGUCUUCAAUGAUAAAGUCAGUCCAUCCAGCCUGGGCUUCUUAGCUGGAUAUGGAAUUGUGGGUCUGUACAUGUCCGUGGUGCUGGUGAUUGGUAAGUUUGUACGCGAGUUCUUCAACGGAAUAUCUCGCUCCAUAAUGUUUGAGGAACUACCAAAUGUGGACCGUGUGCUCAAACUGUGCACUGACAUCUUUGUUGUUCGGGAGACGGGCGAGAUGGAACUGGAGGAGCAACUGUUUGAGAAACUCAUCUUUUUAUACCGAUCACCCGAAACCAUGAUCAAAAUGACCAGGGAAAAGAAAACAGACUAGUCUACUUUUUGAGAGCUUACUCCAAUUUUUUAUAUUAUACCAGGAUAAGAGUGUUGUUCUUUUCCCUUAAUUAAGUUCUGCCUAUUUAAAAACUUCUUAGAACUUGUCUACCCAGUGCUAUGUAUUAUCAGUGUUUAACCGUUGAGCAUGAAAUUCUUUCAAAUUCUUCUUUGUACUUUCAAUAUAUGACAUAAAAUGCUGUGUAUGAAAAAAAAAACCAUCCAGGGUACAGCAGUAAUCAUAUAUACUUUUUGUGUGCUGCAACCUGGUAUCUUUGUGGGUAAGACUUAUAUCAGAACAUAAAUAUAAAUCAUGCUUUCCAGAAUAGGACCAUCAUUAAAGCAUUUCUGACACAUUUUUUAGGGAGGUCUGAAACCCUAUCUUACUCUCUUUAGUGCAUCUGUUUAUUUAAUAAAUCCCACAAUUUUAAUUUCAAACGAAGCAGAGCAAAGGUACCAUACAUAUAUUAUUUUUUAAUAUUAUUUAUACAUUUUAUUUCGGUGGAAAGUGGAAAGUUGUGUUUUAUCUGAGCAAACCAUUUGGAAAACUAUUCCAUGCUUUAAAAUAGUUUCAGGCAAUAAUCAAAAGGUGUUCUGUCCAUCUCACAAAACAU